AUGGUGUCUACACAUAACAGAGAUAAGCCUUGGGAUACCGAUGAUGUUGAUAAGUGGGCGAUAGAGGAGUUUAAAGAAGAGGACAAUGCCUCUGGUCAGCCUUUUGCUGAAGAAUCCAGUUUCAUGACUCUAUUCCCUAAAUACAGAGAGAACUAUUUGAAAACCAUUUGGAACGAUGUGACAAGAGCCCUGGACAAGCACAAUAUCUCGUGUGUUCUGGAUUUAGUCGAAGGUUCUAUGACCGUAAAGACCACAAGAAAGACCUAUGACCCCGCUAUUAUCUUGAAAGCCAGAGACUUGAUCAAAUUAUUAGCCCGGUCAGUCCCAUUCCCACAAGCUGUUAAGAUUUUACAAGAUGAUAUGGCUUGUGACGUUAUUAAGAUCGGAAAUUUCGUCACCAACAAAGAGAGAUUUGUUAAGAGAAGACAGCGUCUUGUGGGGCCUAAUGGUAACACACUAAAGGCUUUGGAGCUUCUAACCAAAUGUUACAUUCUGGUACAAGGUAACACGGUAAGUGCCAUGGGCCCCUUCAAAGGCUUAAAGGAAGUCCGCCGAGUCGUGGAAGACUGUAUGAAAAAUGUUCACCCCAUCUAUCAUAUCAAAGAGCUGAUGAUCAAAAGAGAGUUGGCGAAGAGACCAGAACUGGCUAACGAAGAUUGGUCAAGAUUCUUGCCGAUGUUCAAGAAGAGAAACGUUGCCAGAAAGAAGCCUAAGAAGAUCAGAAACAUCGAAAAGAAAGUCUAUACUCCAUUCCCACCUGCUCAACUACCUAGAAAGGUCGAUUUGGAAAUUGAAAGUGGUGAGUAUUUCCUAAGUAAGAGAGACAAGCAAAUGAAGAAACUAAAUGAACAAAAGGAAAAACAAAUGGAAAGAGAAAUCGAGAGGCAGGAAGAAAGAGCAAAGGAUUUUGUUGCUCCACAAGAAGAAGCAUACAAACCAAACCAUAACUAA